UUUAACGUUUCAGAAAUAAACUCAGCAAGAAACAGCUUUCUAGACAGACAUGCAGACGAGCCGGUUACUCUCCCUUUCCUCAAACUCCCCGAGCUUCGGUAGUUUCUCCUCCGCCGUAGACCUCGCCUCAAUCGCCGCUCGAGUCGUGGAGGAGCUCAGAGACCGAGAGCAACGAUCAGACUCCCACCGCGACGACAACAACAACAACAGCGACGACGAUGAUAAUAGUAAUUUCGAGUUCGCCUUCGACUGUCCUAUGUGUUCUCCUCCCGUCGCUACCGCCGACGAGAUUUUCUGUAACGGUCAGAUCCGUCCGUCGAACCCGUACAGUGGUGAAACGGAGAAAGUCGGAGGAGAAUCUUCACCGGAGAGCACGGUCCCGAGACGACGUCGUCCCGCGCUUAGAAAGUUGAUGAGCGAAGAGCGAGAUGCGACGUCGAAUUCUUCUUCGUCGGAGGCCGGCGAUGAUCUAACCGGAGUUCCACCGGAGAGUUACUGCGUUUGGACACCGAAACAGUCAAGGGACGAUGAUCUCCGACGACUCUCGUCUUCUCCAUCGCACAGCAAACUCAAAAGCAACUCGGCGGGGUUCUCGAAACGAUGGAAGCUGCGGAGUCUUCUCUACGCGAGAAGCAGCAGCGAAGGGAACGACAAGCUCGUGUUUCCUGCGCCGGUUAAGAAGGGAGAUGAAACUGCUAGCUCUGAUCAGGAAGAACAGCUGUCGAAGGUUGUGGUCGGAGAGGAAGGAAAGGAAAGCGAAGAGACGAAACGACAGCCGUUCGUGCCGUAUAGAAAGGAUAUGAUGGGGAUAAUAAAAAAUGUUAAUGGGCUUAGUCGUCAUUUACGUCCUUUUUAAAAGGUGACGUGGAUCUCGUGAAGGAGAAAGAAGAAACCAAAAUCGAAGACGUGGACUUUAAGUGGGCUUCGGUUUCUUUUCCUUUUCUCUCUCUCUCAACCUUUUUCUUUUUGGUUUCAUGGAAAAUCUUGAGUGUUUGCGAGAAAGAAAGAAAGUGCAUAUUUUUUGAAUAAUUUUUAAUUAAAAUUUUCGAUGUGUCGGUUUGGGUUAGAUAUAAGUUGUGGUGGUUUGAUGAUUAUUAGAAUGGAGACUAAUGUUUAUUAUUCAAUUUAUUGUAAAACACAUUGUCAUAAUUUGAAUUAUUUUACCUAAUUAUAGAA